AUGGAUGAAAUCAAAAGAUUGUUGGAAGAAGCAAAUAAACGAGUGAAUUCUAGUCAAGUUGAUGAUGAAGACAUGAAGAAGAAAAUGAAGAAAGUGGUAGCUGCAACUCGACAAGAGUCUAUGGAAAUAGAGAAAGUGAGUAGUGAGCUUGGCCACUUUUGGGAUAAGCAACUGGAUAAGAUAGCCCUUUCUGAUUCGGAUGAAGAGUCCAUUGAUGAAGAAACUAUGAAGAAAAUUAUCCUUGAAGCUGAGCAAGCAGUCAAUGAAGCCGAAGAAGUAAUCGGUGUAGAACCAGACAAAAAACCUGCAUCCAGUACUGGGGAAGGAACAUCGCCAAAACCUGCGGAUGCCGCUGUUCGAUCGCCUUCACCGAGAAAGCCUGGCCUUUUCAGUAAAAUUUUCCGGCGAUGA